GGGGCAAGCAACGGAGCCAACAAGCACGUGCCAGUCAGCACCUUUGGACUACACUUGACACAAGUAUGUUCUAUGCUGGGAGAGUAACGACUAUAUGGCACCCUUGGCGGCUGUCGCGACAAUCGCGAAGACUGUUCUCAACACAGACGCCAGAAGCUUUUCUCGAACCUCUCCAGUCUCACCUCGGUAUAACAUGUCUGUCCCUCAAUAGACCGCAAGCAAAGAAUGCCAUAUCAAUGAAACUACUUAAUGAAUUUCGCGAAUGUUUGGAAACCGCGAAGUACGACAAGAGCAUCCGAGCACUGAUAAUACGUUCCACUACCAUGGGUUCCUUCUGCGCUGGCGCAGACCUUGCUGAGAGACGUACUAUGUCUCAAAUUCAAGUUGCGAAAUUCCUUUCCGACCUGCGUUCUGCAUUUGGUCAAUUGGAAACCCUGCCUAUGCCAACAAUUGCUGCAAUUGAUGGUCCUGCAUUAGGGGGAGGGUUAGAAUUGAGUUUUGCCUGUGACUUGCGUGUGGCCGGACAUUGUGUGACGAAGAUAGGUCUUCCGGAGACGCGCCUCGGGAUUAUUCCUGGAGCGGGCGGUACUCAACGUGCUGUCAGAUUACUGGGCAUGUCGAAAGCAAAGGACCUGAUUUUUACAGCUAAGAUGCUGACAGCCCAACACGCACUUGAAUGGGGCAUAGUGGAUUACGUAUCAUCUCCCUCUACAUCGGCUUUCGAGCGGGCAGUUGAAUUGGCUCAGGAAAUAACCAAAAGCGCCCCAUUGGCGCUUCGGGCUGCAAAGCAGGCAAUUUCACGUGCAGCUGACCUCCCUUUGGAAUCAGGCCUUGAUUUUGAGAGAGCGUCAUAUGAAGUUCUUCUACCCACGAAAGAUCGGUUGGAGGCUCUAGAGGCAUUCAAGGCAAAACGACAACCUGUUUUUAAAGGGGAAUAGUCUGUUACCUUUGAUUUGGAGUGUGCUGCAUACGUUGACACAUAGUGCAACGAAUCAAGACAGGAUCACGCGAACCACACCUGAGGUCUAUACCUAUGCCUUAUGUCAUCAGUAUUCGCGCAUCCAUUAUCUCUAUAUCUACCGCAACUGCGCUU